AUGGCCCAGUUGGGUUUUGCUCUUGUGAUCACCCAAAUUGGGAAAGUGCGCACCAUGAAUCCCCAGUAUGAUGUCAUUGGGAAAGCAUUCGUGCAACAAUAUUAUGCCAUGUUUGACGACCCAGUCCAGAGGCCGAACCUCCUGUCCCUAUACAACGCCGAAGGAUCCCUCCUGACAUUCGAAGGAGCCCAGCACAUGGGAUCUGCGAAGAUCAUGGAGAAGUUUAGCGCACUGACCUUCCAGAAGAUCCAACACCACGUGACGACGGUUGAUUGCCAGCCCAUGUGGGAUGGCGGGAUUCUGAUCAAUGUCCUCGGGCAGCUGAAGACGGAUGACGACCCCCCUCACAGCUUUUCGCAUACGUUCAUCCUGAAGCCAAGCGAAACCUCCUUCUUCGUUCAGCAUGAGAUGUUCAGGCUCAACCUACAUUCAUAA